AUAUUAUAAUUUUACCCCUAUUUGUUCCAGAAGCGGCAACAAUGACUUGAGCAAUGAAACAGCGCCAUCUACUGGUCAGGUGAGAUGCUACGAUGCCUCGUUUGAAGUACGCUUCAGUGGUGCGCGGAGUGGUCAUCCUCGCUCUUUUUUGUCUGUGGCUCCAGAUAAUAUUGUCUGCGGGUAGCGGGAAUGGGGGUACAGGAUAUCGGGAUGGAGGUUUCGAAUUUACCCAUGAUCCUAUAAAGUUGAAAGGACUUCUCAUUAAAAAACAUACUACUGUUUAUGAAGAAGAGCUGAUGAAUGCCAACGACACCUCGGAGCAUGUCCUGGCGCUGGUGCCGCCAGAACUCCACAAAUAUUUGACUGUACACCCCAAAAUUUUAGCGCAAACUCAACAGAGCGCACAGCGCCGAAGAACACGAGCGACAUACUGAAAGCGAUCAGGCGGUACAACGACGCGCAGACGAUAUACAAUGAGGAUAUCUUCGGACCGGUGCAGGAAGACACUGUCAUCAUCGCGAUACAGGU